UGUAACCGAACCCACUCUCUGGCAGUCGGCAACGAACUGCCUUUGCUCUCACCUUCCCUCUCGUCUCGUCAGGUUGAAUCUAAACAUCAUGUGAAAGAAGCACGUGAAUCAAGCGUGUUUUAUUUUUUCUCUCCAAUGGUUAUAUAUGAAGAGAAUGCUGUGGAAUGCUGCCAUUUGGGUUCCGGGGAAACAAGCUGCUCUACUGUCACCCAGCAGCAGCAGCGCAUGAGAGAGGCUCGAGGACGGACUCCUCCCCACCUACCGGUGACACUUUCAAGACAGCGCUGAGAAAGGAUAGCAGCCUUUUUCGGCCAGUCUGCGAACAGAGCAGUGAGACAGCGUUACGUAUAAACGACUUCAUUGCAGCCGGGGGUUGCCUAUAUGGCUUUCCAAAGUUCCAUCUCUGAAAACGUUGACAUCUGACGGACUCGAGCUAAAGCGCGACAUUGCUUCUUUUCGUUUCUCAUUAUUGGACUUGGACCUACGCUCUGCGCUGUUGAUUCCCAGCAAACAGUCCUGACACGGAUCCAGCUCAGCGAAUGCCAUGACCUUACAGAGACUGCUGUAUUAGAGGGUCAUUCUAAUCAACGUUUUAUACAUAUGACUGCAUGUAUUGAUAUCCCUUUUUGUACAUUUGUGUGAAAAAAGUGUCUGCCCAAGGAGUGAUUUUUACGUAUCCUGGAGCCGUCAAAGCUGACGUCCCAUGAACACAUAAAACUGGACCCGGACACUGAACCUGAGCGAGAUGCACUACACACAGUGACACUAGCAUUUGAUAACUUCACCUGCUACCGUCAUCAAUUAAUUUUAACCAAGUGACCAGCAAGUCGUCAUCUAUAUCGCAGGUUGCGCUAUCAAAGCCUUUCGCACGUAGGGGUGUAGGAGACAGCGGUUUUCUGUUGUAUUGAAUUGUCUUGCCUAUUUCUGUCAUCCAUAAACUGCGACAGAGGAAAGAAAAGGCACACAAAUGUAAAUGAAAGAAGGCAUCUCUCCAGCUGAAGUGUACCUAGAACUGACAGAUCGUGCAGUCACCCCGCAUCGAAGAGGAAUACGUGCCGAACUUUGCUGUUGUGAUGUUGAAAGUGGAGAUGGUGCUAUUUGUCUUUCUGGUGCUAUGGAUGUGUGUAUUCAGCCAGGAGCCCAGCUCCAAGGUGGUUGCCGACCGGUAUGCCGUCUUCUGGAACCGAACCAACCCCAGGUUCCACCGUGGAGACUACCACAUUGACGUGUGUAUAAACGACUACCUGGAUGUGUUCUGUCCCCACUAUGAAGACACGGUGCCGGAGGAGCGGAUGGAGCGCUACGUCCUCUACAUGGUCAACUACGACGGCUACAGUACGUGUGACCACACGGCCAAGGGCUUUAAACGCUGGGAGUGUAACAGGCCUCACUCCCCCAACGGACCACUCAAGUUCUCCGAGAAGUUCCAGCUCUUCACCCCCUUCUCUCUUGGCUUUGAGUUCAGACCGGGCAGAGAGUACUACUACAUCUCCUCCACCAUCGCCGAGAACGGACGAAGAACAUGCCUGAAACUCAAAGUCUUUGUCCGACCAUCAAACAGCUGUGUGAAAACUAUAGGUGUACAUGACCGUGUUUUUGACGUAAACGACAAAGUAGACAAUUCAUUAGAACCCCGAGAUGAUACAAGUCAUGAGUCUGCCGAACCGUCCAGGAGUGACGCCACAAGCGCAGCCUCACACCUGCGGAUAGCCAGUCCACUGCUGGCUGCACUGCUAAUCAGCUUAGCAACACUCUUCAUCUUAUAGCGCCUCCCCCUGUCCUGGAGGGGAAUUACACCCUGUGCGGCCUGAAUCUACACAAUGAUGAGGCUGGGGCUAGGGUGGGAGAAUGGGCGGGUGGGGAGGGAGGGUAUUGAGAGUGGGCUUCUUAAGGAACACUAAUUUUUCCAGAUAUUUAAGUGGUCUUUUUCCGUCAGUGAGUUUGAAAAAGUUGAUGUUGGAUGCGGAAGAAACUGUUUCCCCCUUAAAACGGUCAACUAAGAUGCCAAAUCCCUACUUUUUGACACUUAGUGAUUCUUGUUUUCCCUUCUGACAUCCCUUUACGUCAUGCCAAUUCAUUGCACCGCUCACAUACACACACGUAUAGGUACACACACCUAAACACACCUUUACACUGACAGUUUUUCAAUAGUUCUUUGGUAGGUUGUAAAGCAACAAUACACAGCAGGUCAUGGUUGUUUUAGCUCUUAUCUAGAAAAAUAGAACAGAGAUGGGUAGUACUCACACCUCUCUUCUAGUCUUUACAGACUCAUCUCCUUCUGCAUCAGGUGGAUACAGAUAGCUGGGUCUUUGUUGGGUGUUACAGAUAGUGGAACACCACGUAGGUAUCAGUUGAGAUACAGUGUAGAACAUGUUUAGUAGGAGAGAAAAGGGCAUGAGUGAGCUGAGUUGGUUGAAGUAUUAAGUCCCCUGGCCUCUUUGAUUAAGGUAUGCUGUCAUGUACCCUCUUUGUGUGUAGAGAGAAUGGUUAGAGACUUUUGGCAUGACACAAAGAAAAGACAAAUAAAAACAUUUAGUCCGUUGGGUGGAUGAAAGAUCAAAUAUUUGAAAGAUUACUCAAUUUAUGAGCGGCAGACAGGCAGGUAAUUUUGGGCUUUAUUCACUGAUCUAUAAUUGCUCUUUAGUGUCAGACAAUGCUUUGUCAGUAAUAACAAUCUGAACCCUCACUGACGGCAGUUUUUAUUCAGUUUGUUAUAAAACCUUUUCACUGAGUUUUACCUUACAUACUCUGCCUUCUCUUGCUGAUAUUUUAAAUGUCAUCUAUGAUUAUGGCAAAGACAUUUAUGUAUCAAAGUGGGGAAGAUUUGUGCUGUUCAAAGGUUAUGUCAACAGUUUAGAGAAGAAAGCUCCUCUACCUCUGUGAAAGGUACCAACAUUUGAAGAGGCAGCCUCUCUCACCAUGUUACAAAACAUCCCUUUUUGAAUAUGAAAUAAUACCACUUCCCUACAAUGCAAAUACAUAUUUUUUCUACAAUUGCUUAUCAUUAGUUCACUUAGACGUACUGUAGAGCUUGUCGUAUGGAAUCGUCCCUCAGCAUAGCUUUCUACCAUACCCAGUAAGGAAGCACCACCAUCUAGGAAACAGUGUUGCUUUACUGUAUUUUUCCACAAGUCUUUACCACUCAUGUAUAACCACAACUUCAACUAUAACCUUGGAUUCAAAUGCUGUAGCUACAGUCCAUUAUAGCAGGCUCCCUGUUCCCCAUUCAUUUUACUACCGCAUAAUUCAAUCUCAUCAUAAUCAACUCACAAUGAGUAUGUUAAUAGAGAAAAUCUCCUUUAACAUCGAGGCGGAGCGCAGAGUAGUUUAGUUUGGCCACGUUUUGUAUUGGCCCCUAUUUAUACAUUGUACUGCUGUAUAAUGACAUUCAACUUCCUUAGACUCACACAGGAUCAGAUGGUAGAUUAACAUAGCUGGAGCGAUUUGUAAAUGGAAAUACUGUUAUUUUGUUCUUUCUUUCCCGGAGUAGGAUGGACAGAUACAUGAAUUAGGUGUGUUGAUACAGGUCUCCUUUCAGAGGAGAGAGAGAGAGAGAGAGAGAGAGCGAGCGAGUGAGAGACAGGAGAGAGACAGGAGAGAGAGAGAGAGAGAGAGAGAGAGGGGUUGCGUGCCUAGUUACCGGUCCUACUGUGACUCUUUAAUGAGGUUCAAAAUGACAGGCAUGCAGACCUCAUGUUUUGGAGUUAGGGGAGUUAUUUCAGCUGUUAAAAAUAGAUGGUGGAAGGCCUGGGGGUUUUAAAGCGUCAGUGACCUUGCAGUUAUAGAGGGCUGGAGAGUGAAGGAGAUAGGGGAGAGAGAAAGAAAGAGUGAAAGAGAUUCAAAGAAAGAAGUGUAGGAGGAAAACAGUUGCAUAUAUGACUGGAGUGCCUAAAAAAAACACCCAAUGCAACCUUUUUAAAAACUCUAGUUAAAAAUGGAAUACACACCUACUUGUAGUAAUAUAAUUCUCCCCAAAGGCAUCUUUUUGUUUUUAUAUAUUUUUUGUUGUUGCUUUUUCGCAGCUGCCUUCUACAGUAUUUUUCUUCUCCUGAAGGGUUGUGUGUGCUUUCGGCCAUAUUUGUUUUCGUACUAUGGUAACAAUGUUAUUACAGUUGAAUAGCAGCUCAGCUUUCGGGGUUAACAGGAGAGGAUGCCAUUUAAAGGGGUACUAAUUUUCACCAGAACAUCAUAGGGGAUGGGUGCCAUGUUCAAUCCGAGAUGGCCGUCUGUCACCGACUUAACGCUAUAGCCAACACUUUUUGGGGAAGUCCAGCUUCAAUUGUAUUUUAUUAUAAUUACCCGUACUACUCUUUAUCAUUAUUGCUACUAUUAUUACCAUGGUUUAUUCUGUACACACGUUAACUUGGGAAAUGAGGAUCAACUUGUUAGCUGGAUACCGUGUAUCCUGAGGUAGUCAACCAUAUAACAUGUAGUGUUAGAUUAGUUACUGUUUUUGUACCUUUCUGGUGGACAAAGGAAAAAUUAGACACUUCAUUGUUAAAAACGGUAUUAUUAUUAUUGUUAUGAUGACGAUGAUGAUGAUUAUUAUUAUUAGCAAAAACUUGAUGUAAAUAGUGUUUGAUAUUAAAGUAUUAAUUUGA